AUUGUGUGUCCUUUGGUGAUAGGUAGUUGGAAUGUUCGUCCUCGUUGUUUUUGUCUCGAUCAUGAGUGAGCUGUCAGCUCUGGGGCAUUCCAGACAAUUUCCAGAAUUCUUCCCACGAAGCGACAGCACGGGUGAGAAUUCAGCCCCCACCUUGCAGACAGGAAUGAUCGCUCGGACUUAAGCAGGUAGGAUAGGAAAUGAUGUUCGAAUCCGGACUAGAGACGGGACAUAGGGCUUACGGCUCACAGGAGGUGUUUUCCCAAGUGUUAGUCUCAGCUAGUGCUGAUCUCCACCAUGGUCUGUCUCUCUCUCUUUCCCCUCUCCAGGCUACCGCGAACCGGAGAGAAUACACUCACGGAUUGCUUAUAAUAGCAACCGCGUGAAAAUGGCUCUUAUCUGAAACAUGAUCCCUGCUCAGAUUAUAACGGUCCAACUGCGGGAUAUAUGAAAAUGCCUCGAUGGAAUGACUUGAGGGAAUUAGAGGGAAGGCGAUGCGCUGCGGAUGGUGUUGAAUGCGAGACCAACAACACAGCGACCGACACACAGAGACUCUCAGACGGCCUUCCCAAUUGGGAC